AGUUUAAUGGCAAAAAUGUUUUGUCUACAUAAAGAAUGUGAUAUGUAAAAUAUUAUCAACAUUUGGAAAAUUUACAUUAUCAAAUUUAAUUACCAUAAUUUUAAAUUAUCAAGAUAGAAUAAUAAUUAUCAUAAAAGAAUAAUGUAAUGUAACAGAAUUUAUAAUGUAAAUAAAAUAUGGAUGUAUAUAUAAAAAUAAUAUGUAUUUAUAUAUGUUGUAGAUAUUUAUAAUAUGUUAAUAUAUAAUAACUUAUUUUCGGAUGUACUGUAAAGGAAAUAAAAUGGGGUAUGAUACAAAUUCAGAAACUGACAGUGUUUUGUCAGAAUCUGAGAGUGUUUUGUCAGAAUCUAGUGGUUUGGUGAAAGACGUUGAUGUUGCUGCUAAAACCAAAAAAGAUGAAAAGCCUCACAAAUGCAUUUUUGAUGGUUGCAAUUUAUCUUUUCGUAGACCAUCUCGAUUAAAAAGGCAUAUGAAAUUUCACACAGGAGAGAGAGACUACAAAUGUACCUAUCCAGAAUGUAAUAAAGCUUAUACUAACAAUUGUCAUUUGAAACGACAUAUGGAGAGCCACAAUACAAUAAAAAGGUUAUAUAAAUGCCCAGAAUGCCCAUUACAUAUAUCUAAUCAACAUAACUUAAAACGUCAUUAUAAUAAAAUGCAUAUAAAUCCUGACAAGAUAACUUGCAAAGAAUGUAAUGAAACUUUUGAAAAAAAAUACCAGUUGAAGAUACAUAUGGCAAAACAUAAUUCGGUUUCACAUAAACGUGAUGAACGUAAUAAAAGUUCUAAGAAAAAAACAUAUCAUGAUCAACGAGGUAAACAAUAUCCAUGCAGCAUGCCAGGAUGUAAUGAAGUUUUUAAAAAAUGGCUGCAUCUUUGUGCUCAUAAAAAAACUCAACAUGUAAUUGAUUACAAAUGCAACAACUGUGGUAAAAUAUUUUUGAAUAAACGACAUUUUAAAAUGCACUGUCAAGUUCACAUGGAAAAUAGAUCUGUUAUACCUUGUCCUUUUGAAAAAUGCUCUCGUGUUUAUUACUUUAAAAGUAAUUUAAAUUAUCAUAUACGGAUUUGUCACCUUGGAGAAGGAUAUGAGUGUGAUAUAUGUAAAAGAAAGGUUGCAACGAAAGGAAAAUUAGCAGAACAUAUUCAGAAACGACACAUGUCAGUAAAAAGGAGAAGAGAGUUCAAAAAAAGAAUACAUCGCAAAAAAAGGAAAGAUGCUGGGGUAGUUAGAAAGAGUGCACUGUCUAAAUUAGUUGGAGUUAUUUUACCAACAAAAGUAGAAAAAAUGGUAUUAAAAGGAGAAAACACUAUACCAUACUUACACCAACUUGAAACAGAAUCAAAUUGUAAUGCAGAUUGUAAUUAGCCUAUUUCUAUAACAUAAAAUGUUAUCAUAAAUAUUUAAUCGUAAAUAAAUAAAUA